AUGGCCGCGGAAAUGCUCGCAGUCACGGCGCCUACCUACACGGACCCAUCUCGCUAUGAGCUUUCUACGGUGCCCCGGCCGACGGUCACGGAAAAGGACGACGUGGUCAUCCGGGUGCAUGCAGCGAGCAUCAACCCGGUGGACGUUAAAAAGGCGGACGGCGUUUUCAAGAUCGCCGUCAAAGAACAAUUCCCAUACAAGAUCGGCUACGAUGCCGCGGGUGUUGUUGCCGAGGUUGGCGAGGGGGUGAAGAGCCUCAAAGUCGGCGACGAGGUCUACACGCGAUUGCCCGAGGUUGGUCGAGGCUCCUGGAGCGAGUACGUGAAAUGCGCCGAGCGCUACGUUUCCAUCAAGCCCAAGAACCUGUCCUUUAGCGAUGCCGCAUCACUGCCGCUCGCUGGCGUCACGGCGCUGCAGGUAUUGAGAAAGUACAAGGGGUCGCUGGAAGGCAAGACCGUCUUUGUACCGGCAGGAUUGAGCGGUACCGGUGCGUAUGCGUGUCAACUCGCCAAAAAUGUCUUCAAUGCCGGCAAGGUCAUCACAACGGUGUCGACGUCCAAGAUUCCCAAGGUCCCCGAGCUCCUCGGUGAAGGAGUUGUGGACCAAAUCAUUGACUACACCAAGCAAGAUCCCGCCGAGGUCAUUCCCGCACGCUCGGUCGACUUCUUCUUCGACACCACCGGCCAAGCGAUGCAGUUCCUCUCCCUCAUGGUCCCGUCAACGAGUCUCAUCGUAUCCAUCUCCACCAAGCCCUCCGCCACGACGCUCCAGGCCUCGAGCGUCAUGAGACGCCCCGACAACCCUCGCAUUCCGUGGUUCGGGCGCGUGUUCCUCAAUGGAGGAGACUCACUGCGUAAGCUGCGAGCGUGGCGCUGGGGCGUGGAGUACAUGUACUGGUUCUUGGACCCGACUGGCGAGGACCUGGAUACCCUGAGGGGCUAUGUCGAGGAGGGGAAGCUGAGGCCGGUGGUCGGCGCAAGGGUCGACUUGAGGGACAUCAACAAGGUGCGCGAGGCGUGCGAGCUGACAUACAAGGGCAAGGGUGGGCUGGGGAAGACGGUGUUUGAGGUUGUCAGGGUUUAG